AUGGCUCUUACCGCAGACGAAAUUAAUUCUCGAAUACGACUUAUUGAGAACGACAUUAAGGUUAUGCGCUCAGAGACGUUACGACUUCAACACGAGCAAAGUGUAAUGAAGGAGAAGAUUCGCGACAAUAAAGAGAAGAUCAAGCAGAAUAAAGUCCUUCCAUAUCUCGUUGGCAAUGUUGUAGAGAUUCUUGACAUGGAUCCUGAAGGCGAAGAAGACGGUGCAAACCAAGACCUCGAUUCAAUGCGCAAAGGGAAAUGUGCCGUAAUCAAGACCUCCACCCGACAAACCGUAUUCCUUCCAUUAAUAGGUCUCGUCCCCGCUGAGAAGCUCAAGCCAGGGGAUCUCAUUGGCGUCAACAAAGAUUCAUAUCUUAUCCUCGAUCUCCUACCAGCAGAGUACGAUUCACGUGUGAAAGCAAUGGAGGUCGACGAGCGACCGACGGAAACCUAUACGGAUAUCGGAGGUCUCGACAAGCAAAUUGAGGAACUUGCCGAGGCUAUCGUACUUCCAAUGCACCACGCCGACAAGUUCAAGGCACUUGGGAUUAAGCCACCAAAGGGCGUGCUUAUGUAUGGUCCUCCCGGUACGGGAAAGACCCUCAUGGCUCGUGCAUGUGCCGCACAAACCCAAGCAUGUUUCUUGAAGCUUGCUGGUCCUUCACUUGUGCAAAUGUUCAUUGGUGAUGGUGCGAAGCUCGUUCGAGACGCGUUUGAGCUUGCAAAGGAGAAAUCUCCUGCAAUCAUCUUCAUUGAUGAGUUGGAUGCCAUUGGGACGAAGCGGUUUGACUCGGAGAAAAGUGGUGAUCGUGAAGUACAAAGAACCAUGUUGGAGUUGCUCAACCAACUUGAUGGAUUUAGCAGCGACGACCGCAUUAAGGUGAUUGCCGCCACAAACCGAAUCGACAUCCUUGACCCCGCGCUGUUACGUUCAGGACGUCUGGACCGUAAGAUCGAGUUCCCUCUCCCUAACGAAUCCGCACGGGCACGCAUUCUCGAAAUCCACUCGCGUAAGAUGACAUUGACGGACGACGUCAACUUCGAGGAACUUGCACGUAGUACAGACGAGUUCAACGCUGCGCAGCUGAAGGCUGUCUGCGUUGAAGCGGGUAUGAUCGCACUUCGUGAAGGUGCAAGUGUUAUCCAUCACGAACAUUUCCACUCUGGUAUUGCUGAAGUACAAGCGAAAAAGAAGAACGACCUUAUUUACUUCGCUUAA